AUGAGUUUUACUUAUUUAGAACUCGACAACAAGAUUUCUAUGAUCAAUAUUCAUCAUCAUACAAUGAUUCACAUUAUUGGCAUGAAAAUAAUUCAAAUUCAUAUGAUUUUUAUGGUUCAACAUCCAUCUCAUACACUUUUACAACAAAAUGGUUUUACUCAACAAGUUUAUCUUAAAUAUGAACAAGAAUGUCUUGAUGAUAAAAAAGAAACAUUGACAUUGUAG